AUGAAAGGUGAAAUAUUAUUACAAUAUAUACAAAAUAAAGUGACUGAUUUCGUAAACAGCGGUCUUUUCAAACAUUAUUCAUCAGCUGCUGCUUUUCAAGAUGAGAUUAAAAAAUUAAAACCUGAAAAUAAAAAAUUAGCAAAAGCAUUAGAAAGCUCAAAUAAUAAACUUAGAUCUUCCUGCAUGAAAAUUGUAAGGGCCGAGAAAACAAAAAAUAAAAACAUUUCUAAAAUUCAAUCUAUUACUCAGAAGUCAAAGAAG